CCUGGUCGCUCACCAGGUUCGGAAGUGUCAGUGAGCUGUACCACGACUUCCCGAGAUCACGGUCAGCUGUUCGCAGUAAGCCGACUCGAGCGCACAGUUGUGGGGCGCUCCUUGGCAGCUGACCCGCUCUCGAAAACUGUCUAAUCUGCGUCUACGGGACGCAUCUGUCUCCUUAAUUUUAUAGAUCCCAAACCGGCGAACCCCUUGGAUAUUGCUCCUUUCAUUCCUCGUUCGUUGAAGUGCACUGGGAAUUUGGAAAAGUGCGUGUGAUAGCAGUCCAUUAUGGAUUUAUUGUGUUCGGAGAAUGAACGUGAGUGUAGAGCCUACGCCGACCAAGUGAUUCUUAAGGACGAUCGCGUACUAGAAGGGCUAUUACGGACGGAAGAGCGAUAUACGCCGUCUACUUCAUAUUUCAGAACGGUGCAGAAGGAAAUUACGCCGGAAAUGCGAGACAUCGUCGCCGAUUGGAUGCUCGAGGUGUGCGUGGAGCAGACGCAACAGGAGGAGGUGUUCCUGCUGGCGACCAACUACCUGGACCGCUUCCUCAGCGUGUGCAGCGUGCCCAAGACAUGCCUGCAGCUGCUCGGCACCGCCUGCCUUCUGCUCGCCUCCAAGCUGCGCCAGUCGCAGAACACGCUGCUCAGUGCAGACAUGCUCGUCCAGUACACCGACAACAGCAUCACGCACGACCAGCUGCUGGACUUCGAGUGGCUGGUGCUGACGAAGCUGAAGUGGGAGCUGUCUGCGGUGACGGCGCACGACUUCCUGCCGCACCUGCUCGAGAGGCUGCCGCUCGUCGCCUGCGACCUGCACGCCGUGCGCCGACACGCCCACACCUACAUCGCGCUUUGCGCUCGCGAUUACAAGUUUUGCCGUUACUUGCCAAGUAUGAUAGCUGCAUCAAGUAUAGCAGCAGCACUGAACGGUUUAGGAUGGACUACGAAAAGUGGAUUCUCACUAAGUCAACUUCUGGACAGUCUUCAGGCUAUCACCUCAACUGAAAGGGAUUACUUGCAAGUAUGCUUGGACCAAAUAGAAGGGAUGCUCAGCGCAGUCGCUCCCGUAAGUGACGCUGCCGGGGCCUGCGGUGUGACUACGAGCGGCUCGAACCCUGCCACUUCCAACAGGCCUAGUGCUGACCAUGCCGCAGCAUCUUCAUCGUCACCGUCGGCCGACAAGAUGCACGAAGCUGGCAAGGCCGGGACGCCUACAGAUGUAUGGGACAUCCAUUUCUGAUUAAAAGCUAACACAAUGCAACAUGGUCAGGUGCAGUCAGGUCAACAUUCCCUUCAAGCUUCAGAAGACUCUACGGACACUGAGUAAAUAAGUGUUACUUAUAUGUUAAAAGAAAAGAAAGAAACAGCAGCAUUAUUUUGUAUUUGGCCAUGAUGUAUGUGGUUAGCAUGUCAUUAGUUCAUGGGCAGAAAUGUAAAGGAACAGAUCAAAAUUUCACAUGAAUUUGUGUGUUAUCUGAAGAACAUCAGUUUUAUUAGUAGUAACAGCCAUUUUAUUUUUCUUUGUAGUGCAUGAAGUGACAACACGGCUGCAUGGAAACACAGAACGUUAUAAUACCAUGUGAUAUGUUACAUUGCCUGUGAUUUAUUUCAAUAUGAAUUGAAAACAAAGAACCGCCAGCACUGGAAUACAUUACCUCUGGAAGAAAGAUGACUUGGGGGCUAUUUGAAAAUUUGUGAUUGGCAUUCAGUCUUUUCUUCCUGAAAUAAGCAAUUUCACUGGACAUGUAAGGUGUUUUUAAAGAGAGCUCUCACAGAAAAUGUAGUUUCUAUUUAUUUAACUGUACUGAAAUUAGAAGCACAGGUAAUUUUGUGCUUCUUACUCUUGCAUCAUUUAAUAAGACACUGGCAUGAGGUAUUGUAAAAGAUUAGCCUCGUAUUCCCAGCUAGUGCUAAAUUAUAGCCGUCAUUGCCAUAUAUAUACAACAGUCUUCAUUUCCAUGUAUGUACAACAGUCUUCAUUUCCAAAUAUGUACAAUGGCCUUCAUUGCCAAAUAUGUGCAAUUAUUAUUCAAGGAAACAGUAAUGCAAGAAAGUGAUUUUGACAGCUUUAAAUUGUAGUGAACCUAUAUGUCUGUCUUUCUGACAGCAGUCUUUUGAACUUGAGAAUGCUGAUGGAAAUAAUAAGUGCUUCAUAGACAAAAUGAAAUUGCUUAUUUCAAACUUCAAAUUAUGUGUUCUGUGUAAAUAUAGGAGUAUUCAUGGUACUACCAGCAUGAAUGGGGAAGUGGGUGUCAGCCUGUGUUUCAUUACAUAUUGAACUCUAGCAGCUGAAAUUUCCUGUUUUUCUGUCACAAUUAAACACAUAGAACAGAAGCAGUGUAAAAUACUGUUACAAAAAUGGAAUAGAGUACUAUGAGGCAAACAUAAAUAAAAGAUAAUCCUAAUUGUUGGUAAGGUGCUGUAGCAUCUUAUAGACAUAAUGAGGGAAGUCACAAGUCAAUUCAGUUCCUUUAAUAAAGUGCAGAUUAUGAUUUUAGAACAGUAAAUUUCUGUCAAUUUUAAACUCAAGCUCAGAAAUCUUUUUGAAUUAACCAAUAUUUCAACAAAGAUGAGCCCAAAAAAUGAGGGGAAGGCAGUUAUAUACGCUUCUUUAAAUAACAAAGGUUAAUUUGUAUAUUGGUAGAACGCUUAGUCAGUGAUGGUUGAUUUGUAUAUAUAAACUGAUGUACUGAUGAAUUAUGUAAGAAUGAGUGUGUGACAUUGUUUAUUUGUAACUAUUCUACUGCAUAAAUAUUAUAAUAAAAACAGUCUGUUGUUCCUAGAAAAAGAAAGUGGAAUAUUGUAAUUAGUGAUGUUUAUAUUUUAUCCUGUUUUAAUUCAGUCCAUGAAAUGUAUUGUACAGUUUUGAAAAUAAUGGGAUACUGUAAAUGUGUGGAAAAUAGAUUUAUGCGGUUAAAAAUGGUGCUGUUCAUCAAUACAUGACAAUUUAAUUAGUGGUAUUGUUUUUAUAGUUCGUGAGUUUUGUAUACUUUAGCAAGGUUCUUCAAGCCGAAGACCUCGAUGGACCAGAAAAAUAGAAUCACCAUAAAUAAAAUGUUAUUCUUAUAGUACAGAUAAAUGAAUUGAUUUCUGUAAUCCAAAAAAGAUAUUGUAUUUUGUUUAAAAGUAACAUAAAAUUGUUAGAUAUUUAUAGUUAUGCUGGACACUAUUUAAUGUGGUGUAAUGUGUGUUUUAAAUGUUAGAUAAUCAAAUGUGAUAAAACAAUGAUUUAAGUUAAAUACAAGUCAGUGAAAAAAGACUGUCUAUUUUACUUGAAACUGCUGUAAGUAAUUGUGAAUGUAAUGUCUUCCAAAUGAAUUUCAGUAAUAUAACUUGUAAAGUACACAUAGCAAACAUUUGAUUUUGGUACUUAAAAGUAUUUGGGCACAGAUUUCCAUAAUCAUAGCCAAUUUAGUCAUUACAUAUUUACUUUUUGUUUAUGUGAUUCCCGGAAUGUUGUAUUAAUAUUAUGGCUGUAGGUAAUACUGGUAAAUUUAUGUAUAUAUCUCAGCAUUGCAAACAUAUAAUUGUAACAGAAUUUUCACUUGAGGACACAAAGAGAGUAGAGAGCACAAAUUAUUUGUAUAUGAUUUUAUCUGACUGUCAUCAACUAAGAAGACAUUAACACACAUACCAAUAGUCUCUGAUGAGAGACAACGAUUUGUAUACAAUUUUAUAAUUUUAUUUUGCUCUCCUUACAGGCCUUAUUUCACAGCACAGUUAUUUUAUAUCAGUAUUGAGAUGUGCUUCAGACGGAUGCACACGCUAGAAAGUGGAUUACACAUAUAGAAAUUCCAUAGCACAUUAAUGUAAUUAUCCUUUCUGAAGUACAACUUGUUUUCCUUAUAACACAUUCAGCAGCAAAUUAUGCAGUGUCAUUCUGUACAAUAAGGGGAUGAAUGACAUGUGAUAGACAAAUAAAUUAAACCUAUAUAUGAAUAAUUGUUAUACAAUGUAUAUAAAAUACUGUUAAAAUGUGUGACUUUGUAAUUAUUAACAUGUGUGAGUGUUUGUAGACAGCAACUUAGCAAGACAGAAUAUGUUUAAAAGAUAUUUCCCUACAGAUAUAACAGAAAUACAGAAUCAGCCUCCAAAACCUCAGAAUGUACACUUUACAGAACAGCACUACUGUAAAAUACAAACAUACCUCAAAUGUUCUGUUUCAUGUCUUUCUUUGAAUUUCUGCAAUUUUAUAGUGAGUUAUGUCAUUUAAAAUUUGUUAAUACUUUGUAAUAUAAAUAUAUAUACAUAUAUUUAAACAAGACCAAUAAAAAACUAUUUCUAAAAUAA